UUGAAGAACGUGCAUUCACUAAUAAGAAAAAUCUUGCAAAGUUACAAAUAAUAUCACAUCAAAUUAUCAUCCAUACUUUUAAGUUUGUAGUAGUGUAAUAGUACGUGUAUCACUAAUACACUGUACACUAUUAUAAAUAUCAUGUUAAUAAUAGUGUUAACCAUGAUUUUGAGACAUAAAAACACAAUAAUGCACCACUAAUACACAUUUAAGCCACAACUUAAAUAUCUUAUGAUACACAUACAACCAUUCACUUCACUUCUCAUCCAAAACAAUUUCUCUCAUAAAAACUCUUACACUUACUAUUAUGAGCAACCAAAAACACCAUCACCUCCUUCUCAUUGUUGCCUCGGCACAAGGCCACUUAAACCCCACUCUUCAACUUGCCAAGUGUCUCACACGCGCCUCCCCCUCCUUACACGUCACCUUCGCCACCACGGCCAAUGCCCGUGAUCGUAUCAACCUCCCCUCCACGGGAUCAAACCUCGACCAUCUAUCCUUUGCAACUUUCUCAACGGGGUUUGAUGAUGGCAUUAAGCCAUCGGAUGACCCGAAGACCGUGGCCAAAACAGCCAAGCGCGUGGUAUCCACCUCCCUACAUGAUCUCAUCAUCGCCCUCUCUAAUCAAGGCCGUCCGAUCGACCUUUUGAUCUAUUCCUUAAUGCUCCCUUGGGCUGCUGACGUGGCGCGUGAGCUUCACGUGCCCUCGGCUUUGUUGUUCAUCCAAUCAGCAACCACCUUUGCUAUUUAUAACCGCUGCUUUAACGGUAAUAACAGAAAUGAUAAUAAAAGCCCUCAAAUUUCCAUAGAAUUACCGGGUUUGCCACUGUUUGAAAGUACUGAUCUUCCUAGUUUUCUUUUGCCCUCAAGUCCACACUAUUUUGCUGCACCCACUAUUGAGGAUCACAUCAGAGCCCUUGAAAAAGAUCCCAAUCCAACGGUCCUCAUUAACUCAUUCGAUGCACUUGAAGAAUCCGUGUUAAUCAAUGCCGUUGAUCAUGAUCGUGAUCAUCGUGUAAAGAUGAUCACCAUCGGACCGUUGAUUCCUUCUGCCUUUUCGGAUAUGAUUGAUCCGUCCGAUACAUCGUACGGCUGUGAUUUGUUUGAGAGGUCUAGGGAGUACUUAACUUGGUUGGACAACAAAGUAGAGAAGUCGGUUAUAUACGUGUCAUUUGGGAGCAUGGCCGUUAUGAAAAGGAAGCAAAUUGAGGAAAUAUUGCAUGGGCUUGAAUUAACGGGCCGACCUUACUUGUGGGUAGUUAGGCCCAUGACCCAUAAUAAGAUUGUGGGGGAUGAAGAUGAGGUUGUUAUAGAUGAUCUAGUUAAAAACGGGCUUGGGCCGUUUGGUAGUAACCCGAAUGAAAAAGGGUUGAUUGUGCCUUGGUGCUCCCAAGUGGAAGUACUAAGUCACCCUACAAUAGGGUGUUUUGUGACACACUGUGGAUGGAAUUCGAUAUUAGAAGGUUUAGUCACGGGAGUGCCAAUGGUGGGGGUCCCACAGAUAUCGGAUCAACCUACCAAUGCAAAGUUGGUGGAGGAGGUAUGGCGAGUUGGAAUAAGAGCUAAAAAGAAUAACGGAGAGGGUACUAUUGUGGACCGAGAAGGGGUCAAACGGUGUGUGGAGACCGUAAUGGGAGAUGAAGAGAUUGGACAAGAGAUAAGGAGAAACACAAAGAAGUGGAUGGAGUUGGCCCUAGAAGCAAUUAUGGAAGGGGGUUCUUCCAACAAUAAUCUUGAAUGUUUCUUAGAGGGCCUUCAAAAUAGACAACUACAAGAGGAAGUAAUUUACCAAAUGGAAGGGCCCUUAAAAGAUAAAGAAUUACUAAUUGAGGAGAAAAUAAUUGAAAAUGGGGAACUUUUUGAAAAGAAAAGUUGCAUGCAAGAGAAAAGAGUAGCACCUUAUCAACUUUUAGAGAAGAAUAUUGAUUCCCUUGGAGAUGGAAAUCAUAGGAAAGCUAAGGAUAACGAACUUUUAUGUAAAGAAAACAUUGCUUGAAAGUUUAAAAUCAUGGAUUUAGGUAUGUAUUGAUGUUUCUAAUUAAGGGAUUUAUUUAAAGAAUCAAGCUUUCAUAGCUUAAGAAUCUAAUUUUCCAAGAAGGAAUAAUAUUUUAUUUUUUACUUAUAAAUGUGUUUUAGACUUUUAGUAUUAGUUAUUUAGUUGCCAUGAUAUUAUGGGUUUUGUCACAACGAAAACUCAACGAUAGAUGAUAAUUGUGUUGAAAUUCACUUUGAGCAACCGAUUUUUAGUGUAAUUAGUGAUGUUUGUAACCAGUUUUAUUGUAAAUGCAUGGUUGUAACUUAUUGUUCCAUUUAAUUAGCUUGCCUCUUUUAUAAUUUAUGAUACGAGGGGAUCGGAUCAUCAUCACCAAUAAACUAAUUUUUUUUUUUUUUUUUUUUUUUUGAAAACACUAAUAUCUUUUAUAUAACUACACAAUCAAUUUUACAAUUUUUAAUGACAAGCUUCUAAACUCUUAAUCCUUAAUUCCUAUUACCUGUUCUUUUAUUUUUAAUUUUAUUUUUUGAUUUUUAAACAACUAUAACUUAUCAUAACUUUCUACAUCAACACAAUAACUUCCUUUAAUAUACAUUAAUCUUUGCAUAUCAAAUUUGAGAAGAAAAAAAAAUCAAUUACAAUAACCGAUGAAUCAAUAAUUAAUACAUUCCGUGAUUUAGCAUGCAUAUGCUCUAAUAGAAAUGAAUAGAGCGGCUAAUAAUUUAAUAUAAUCAAUAUAGAAAUUUAUGUAAGUUUACAUGAAAAAAAAGUCAUACUCCGUAUAAGUCAAUACGUCAUACAAGUAUAGUGUUAAUCCAAAAUUUUAAAAAUGAUCUCCAUACAAAUUUCAUAACCCCCAAUUUUACUGGCCAUCGUGAAUGUGUUGGGUUCGUGUUAGGAUUGUGCCAUAUCGAAUCAUUUUCGUGCCACCCCACCUCAUGGCCGGCUUUAUUAUACUCCGUAACACUGUUUACUUGUUGUACUUGUUCUUAAAUUAUUUCUAAUCUUCUAUUCUUCUUCCCUCCAUUUUUAAAACUCAGAAAAAAAGGAAGCUCACAAUUCACAAUUUCAAUUAGGGUUUGAAUCUUGUAGAUGCUUCUGAACUCAAGAGUAAGUUGCCAGUCUUUCGAAAUCUGAAACGCUUGAAGCUUGGUUGUUUUGGCCUUCAGGAUUGGAAUAAAUUGGUGAUGGAGCUACUAAAUUGUGCGCCUUUCUUAGAAAAACUUACCUUGACGCUAGGAAUGUCAGGCUUGGAGAAGAACUCAAACAGUACCAGCUUGUUUGGUGUCUCAUUUCAAAAAGCUUGUAAUAAAGGAAUACGCGCAUUUAGAAUGGGAACUGGAAUUCAUCAAGUAUUUUAUGAGAAGCUCAUUAGUGUUGGAGGAGUUGGUGGUUGUACUUUGGACUAGUUCUAGUUCAAUUACACAGGACGCAAGGACAUAUUAUGAGAAGCUACCAAGAGCCUCGACUGCUUGUUCAGUAAAAAUCAAGCUACCAAGAGCUAGCCUAGUGAAGGUGUUGUUUGUUACCCAACAGAAGUCACAAUUCAUGGAAUUAUAACUUCCCACAAAAACCCGCGAAUUUAUUCACCCA